ACGAGGACCAGAUUUAUGGUGACAACAUGUGCAUUGGUUGGCUGAAAAAGUUAUGUCACUGGGGACCGCUUACUGCUCUGGGUAUCAUACACACCAUCACGAUAAUGACGAUACACUGCAGCAGACAGUUGCCGAGAGAGUCUUAUCUGGAUACCGCCAUAUCCACGUCCUUUUUUGUCUUGUGUCUGACCACUCUUUAUUACUUCCUCAACGCGAUUAUCGAAGGGCCCGGAUAUCUCGAUCCGAAGUGGAUGCCAGAAAAGGCCAUAGAUGUGCAAUAUCUGCAGUAUUGCAUCGUCUGUCAGGGAUACAAAGCGCCAAGGUCGCAUCAUUGCAGAAGAUGCAAUCGUUGCGUGUUGAAAAUGGAUCAUCACUGUCCGUGGAUUAACACGUGCGUCGGACAUCGCAAUCACGGUCACUUCGCGACGUUCUUAGCCACCGCGGUUGCCGGUUCCUGGUUCUCCAGUGUUAUAUUGAUCUCCUGGACGGCGACCGUGUUGUCGGUGAAGCCGUUACCGUUCCCACCGCCGUCGCUCAUUACGUUGAUACUAGUGAUGUUUAGCAUCGGUCUGGCGAUCGGCGUUCAACUCGCGCUGGGAAUGUUGCUGUAUUUCCAGAUACUAGCCAUUGUAAGAAAUCGAACAGAAAUUGAAGGUUGGAUUUUGGAGAAGGCCCGGUAUCGACGUGGAAACACAGACAACAAAUACGUGCAUCCGUAUUCGAAAGGAUGGCUCUUCAAUGUCAAACAAGUUAUUACGCUGGACUGCACCCCCGUAGGCGAUGGAAUUACGUGGCCCGUUAUCGACGGAUGCGAUCAAUACACGUUAACGAGGGAACAGCUCGCACAAAAAUUGGACAAACGGAAACGAGCGCGCAAUUAUAGAAUCAUCAAAUCCGCGUCGGGAGCGAGAUGUCCGAUCGGUCACGGUUUCGGCGUGUUUUGUCAUCCACGUUGCUCCGACGAACCUCACAUCAAGCUGGACGUGGGAGACAUCGUGACCGUAACGCGUUGGAAGCAAUACUGGCUGUUCGGUGAGAAAGAUCAGAAAGGUAACGCGCAAUCGAAGCGCGUAAGAGGAUGGUUUCCGCGACCUUGCGCGAUCGAAGUGAUCGAAGGCGAUCUAAAAUCACACAAAUAGAUUAGCCAGCCGCAUAGAUUGUAAUCCUUCCGUAAAACCUUCGCGGCGAACGAUAAGAAGAAAUAAGAAGUGACGGAAAGUGAGAGAAACUUCAUCGCUUAACGUCGAGAGCGCGAUAUCCGGUUGUCGCGGAUUUCGAAGAACUUUUUUCGACUCGGUUUUUUUUCUCUUUUCACAGAAUACGAUAUAUGAUUUUUUUUUAACGAUCAUUGCGCUCGAUUUACAGAUAAGAUAUUUAGAAUACUUUUUUUUUAGUAUCCAACAAAUGUGUGUGCGUGUGUGUGUCCAAUUUAUACGAUCGAGAAAUAUUUUAAUAUUUUAUACGUUUUCUUACACGGACACGCAGACAUUAUUCCAGGUUAAAUAAACAAACAUCCUGUGUGUGCAGUAUGUUCUGUAAAAACAGAAAACAAAAGAAAAACAUAUUCUAUAAACAGAUGUCUAGAGAGAACCUUUACUCAAAAGUUAUAGCGAAAGUAAAAACAAAAAAAAAAAAAAAAAAAAAAAA